GGUCUCUCUCCUGGUCCCUGCAGAACCUGGGUCCAUUCACCCUGUUUGUCCCGAUCAAUAAAGGCUUCAGGGGGGUUUCGGUGCGGACUCUGACGGCGGACCGGUCUAAGGCUCAGUACCUGAGCAAGAUGCACCUGGUGGCCGGAGUCCUGCCCUUCGACACGCUGAAGAGAACCGAUGUCUUCUACACCGUGACGGGAAAGAUGGGGGAGAUGGACACCAGUGAGGGGGACCUGCAGACGAAGAUCCGUCUCCACGGCAGCAGGAAGAAGGCAGUGAUCCUUCAGUCGGACUUGGUGGCGUCUAACGGGAUGAUCCACAUCAUCAACAAGCUGAUGGACAGCGUGGCGCCGACUGUGGAAAGCAACCCUCAGGAGAACCUGUUGAAGAUUGUCUCUGACUACGGGAAGUUCGACACGUUCAAGUCCCUGUUAGAGGUUUGUACCUAGUCUCUCUUGACUCGGUCU